UGGGAGAGAUAGCACAGAGUGUGUGAAGUAGCAGAUGUGUGAGAGUCUCUAACGCAGGUAAGGAUAGUAUUAGACUAGUGACAGUUGCAGGAGAGGAAUCAGGCAGGAGCUAUUAACAGUUUAAUUGAUAAGCUUUUAUGAAGAAGUGGGUUUUUAAUGAUUUUUUUGAAGGAGCGGAGACUGGGUGAGCAUCUGACGGAGGAGGGAAGCGAGUUCCACAGGAACGGUGCAGCCCUCGAGAAAUCUUGAAUAUGCUUGCCAGCCUGGUAGCCAUGGCUAUCCAAUGCAAGACUGCUCGAGAAAUGCAUGUAAUUUGCUUGGAAUUAAAUGGAUGCAUUUAAUCUUUGUGUUGUGGAGACUUUUCUCUGGUGUCCCCACAACAGUGGGACAGGGAACCCCAAAUCAAGACUAACUAGUGGUACGUCAGUCAAUAACGUGAAAACACACAAGAUGACAUAAAAUGCUCGCUAUAAAAAAAUAAUUAUUGCAACAUUAUUUCACAUAAUGAAAUCCAUAAAUAAGAGGUAAAUACAAACAGCCAUAUACCAAGGAGCUUGUCCAUGCUCUAGUAAUUUCCUGCAUGGAUUAUUGUAACCCUCUCUUAAUUUGUCUUCCUAAAAACCGUACAGUCCAUAAUGAAUGCUGCAGCUAGACUGAUUUUCCUCUCCUGUUGCUCCUCUCACAUCCUCUCCCUUCUGUCAGUCCUUACAUUGGCUUCCUGUAUCCUAUAGGAGUCAAUUCAAGGUACGAACCCAUACCUAUAAAGCACUAACCAAUUCUAGCCCCUUUUAUAUCUCCUUACAGAUCCAUAGGUAUGCACCUUCUCGGUCUCUCCACUCUACCCGUGACCUUCUCCUGUCCGCUGCUCUCACCCAUACGGCCAACUCGUGCUUGCAGGACGUCUCGCGGGAGGCUCCCUUCCUAUGGACAAGCCUGCCUACCCCCAUCAGACUCUCCCCUAGUCUUUAAUUGUUUAAGAAAUGCCUUAAAAUCCACCUCUUUAGGAAAGCUUAUGGCCUCCCAGAGUAACCUCUACCUCACAUACCUGUCUCUUGCUCUCUCCUAAAGGGCAGCACUCUAUUCUCUCCUCCAGCUCUGCUUCACUCCCACCUUCUUUGAUUGCUAUUUCCUGUCCUAUUGUGUUUUACACCCCACCUUGUAUAGACUGUAAGUUCGUUUGAGCAGGGCCCUCUUCAACCUAUCGUUCCUGCAAGUUUCUUGUAAUUGUCCUAUUUAUAGUUAAAUGCCCCUCUCAUAAUAUUGUAAAGCGCUACGGAAUCUGUUGGCGCUAUAUAGAGUAUCUCACAAAAGUGAUUACACCCCUCACAUUUUUUUGUAAAUAUUUUAUUGUAUCUUUUCAUGUGACAACACUGAAGAAAUGACACUCUACUACAAUGUAAAGUAGUAAGUGUACAGCCAGUAUAACAGUGUAAAUUUGCUAUCUCCUCAAAAUAACUCAACACACCGCCAUUAAUGUCUAAACCGUUGGCAACAAAAGUGAGUACAUCCCUAAGUGGUAAUGUCCAAAUGUCCAUCUUCUUGGGCGGUCCUCUUCUGUUUGUGGUAGAGACGACGUCAAUGCUGUAUUCACGCACAUGCGCGAGAGUAAAGCAGUGAGGUCUAUGGAAGAUCUCAUAAUCAAUUCCCUGCAGCCAUCACUGGUGACGGCUGGGAGGGGGGGGUGAUUGAUACUUCUAGAGACGGCAGUAGCUCCGUCCAGUGUCUAGAAGUGUCAGGUAAAGAAAAAAAUACCGAUACAAAGUAGUCCCUAUUUUGUCUCAGUAAAUCUCUUGACUGGGUUGGAAUUUCAGUAAAAUUUUAACGCGGUCGAUAUGAGUAUUUCAUGAAGAAUUUAUCUUUAAGAAAUACUAAUUUUGGGACGGGUGGCAUGUGACAGUGGCCUGAAACGUGGCGCUAGCGUGGCGUGAGAGUGUCUAAUCGCGUGCUGGCGCUGUGCGUAACGCGAAGCCGCUCUGUCCGGUAACGCACACUGAUUGGGUCUAAACUGACAUGUCCGCUCUCAGUCACAAUUAUUUUGGCUUAAAAUUUGAAAUUCACUUCAAAUUCCUUAAAAAAUGUCCAUUUUGGAUGUUUUUGUUUUAUUUUUUUACAAAUUCAGCUGAUUUAGUCCAACAUUUCAUGUUCCCAGUUUGGUGAAUAAGCCCCAGCUGUGAUACAUUGUGUCACUGUAGAUUUUCUAACACUAAGCCCCGCCCCCUGGUUGCUAGGAGGUUGCCAGGAGCCUCAGACAAUGGAGUUCUAAUCCCCGGAGAAGGCAUGACGCACUCAUCCCUGUCCUUUCAAUAUGUGUUCCCAGCGCGGAGCGCGGAGUUCUACGGCGGCGGCCAUUUAACUGGAGACCAGCGUGCCUUGACAUUCAAUGAAGAGUCUUCAACAAAAUGGCUGCCGGCGGCGGAGACACGGAGCGGCCGCUGCGCUGUGGUUGUUGUUUAGCACUCUGUAUGCACAGCCCGUCCCAUGAAUUUGACGUCACUUCCCGCAGGUUUCUGUAACGUGUCCUUACCGGCUGAGCAGUGAGCGCAGGAACCCCCUGAGACACCGGACAUGGCGGAGCUGGAACCCGCCGCUCUGCUCAAUGACACCGAGGCGGCCGUGAACGGCACCGGCAAGCUGGGGAGCUCCCCCGAGGGGGCCGCGCUGGCCUAUGGCAGCCUCCUCACCAUGGCCCUCCUGCCCAUCUUCUUCGGGGCCAUGAGGAGUGUGAGCUGUGCCCGGGGCAAGGUGAGCAGCCUGUGGGAGCCUGGCUGGGAGUAAUAAGGGGCCCCUGGCUGGGAGUAACAAGGGGCCCCUGGGUGGGACUGUAGGAGGGCCCCAGGUAGUGGCCCCUGGGUGGGAGUAAUAAGGGGCCCCUCGGGGGGACUGUGGGAGGGCCCCAGGUAGUGGCCCCUGGCUGGGAGUAAUAAGGGGCCCCUCGGGGGGACUGUGGGAGGGCCCCAGGUAGUGGCCCCUGGCUGGGAGUAAUAAGGGGCCCCUCGGGGGGACUGUGGGAGGGCCCCAGGUAGUGGCCCCUGGCUGGGAGUAAUAAGGGGCCCCUCGGGGGGACUGUGGGAGGGCCACAGGUAGUGGCCACAGGUAGUGGCCCCUGGCUGGGACCGUAGGAGGGCCACAGGUAGUGGCCCCUGGCUUGAAGUAAUAAGGGGCCCCUGGCUGGCACCUUAGGAGGGCCCCAGGUAGUGGCCCCUGCUGGGAGUAAUAAGGGGCCCCUGGCUGUGAGAGCUGGAACUGUGGGAGGGCCCUAGGUAGUGGCCCUUGGCUGGGAGUAAUAAGGGGACCCUGGCUGGGACUGUGGGAGGGCCCCAGGUAGUGGCCCCUUGCUGGGAGUAAUAAGGAGCCCUUGGCUGGUAGUAAUAAGGGGCCCCCUGGCUGGGAGUAAGCAGGGUAUCAAGCAGUGAUCCCUGGCUGAGAAUAUGGAUCCCUUAUUACUGUAACAGAUGGUGGCUUUAGAUUGGGAGUAAUAAGGGGCCCCCGGCUGGGAGUAAGCUGUGACUUUGGUGGGCCUGAAGCAGUGACCACUGGCUGGGAAUAUGGAGUCCUUAUUAUUCAACUGAUGGCAGGACCUGACAGGAUCCCAUGGCAGUGGCCCCUGGCUGGGAGUUAUAAGGGGACCCUGGCUGGUAGAGCUGUAGCUAAUCACAUAACUGCUGGGAAAUCCCAAGCUGUCAAACUGUGGCCCUUGACUGGAAAAAUGAGGGGCCUUCAUAAGAGCUCUGGAUCCAUACUGGUAAACCCAAAUUGUCUAUUGACUCGGAGAACUGGCAUCAGUGACAUUAAAUGUCAGCAUAUGCCACUCAGGAGCCGUCAUUAGAAUGCCUGGUGGUUCUUGGAGAAAGCUGCGGCCAGGAAUAAAACCCCAGAUAUGGGAAUAGAGGGUCUAUAGCUGGCUGAAUAGGGACUGGUGGCAUCUUAUCUAAUAUUCCUGAAAGUAGGAGCAGUUAAAGGUCAAACAGCGGGUCCUGGCAGAUAAAUUAGUCAGAAGUUUAAAUUAAAACGAUGGAGAGCCUUGCAGUCAGGUCUUUCGUAUUUUAGCAGAUUUUGUUUGUUUGAUAAGUAGUAAGUUCCUUCCUCUCAAGUACCAGAUCAGUCAUGUACUUAUUAACAUUUGUUUUACCUGAAAGUGAUGUGGCGAGGGUGGCAUGGACACAACUCUGGUUAUAAUUCUUUAGAGAAGCAUUUCAUUUUGUAAUUUCAUGUUUCACAGUCUAACUCUGUCCUAAAUAAAACAUUGUAAUCUAGAUUUGUCAGUAAUGCAAUAUAUGUUUUAUCUAUGUAAUGAAGGCAAGCACUGUAGUGUACAUGUAAUAGCAGCAGCUGCCACCAGUUAUGUCAUACCAUUUUUUUUUUAACUGUUACCUGCAGCUUCCUAACGUAUAAACCUUUUCUCAUCACCUCUGCAGAAUUCCAGUGACAUGCCAGAAACAAUUACAAGCAGAGAUGCUGCUCGGUUUCCGAUCAUUGCCAGUUGUACUCUCUUCGGACUCUAUAUAUUCUUUAAAGUAAGUGCUGAAUAUUGUGUGUAUUUUAACUGUAUUGUGUUCGAUUAAUCUGUUUAAUUUUUUUUUUUUUAUUAUUAUUUUUUUACCUGGCUAAUAUUUUGGUUUUAGGCAGAAGCAAUUUUAUAAAACAGUUUCUCUAAAUUUCUGGAAAAGAUUCAUACUCUGUUCAUACUCUUUAAAAGUAGCCACUGAUAUUGGUUCAGCUAUACUGUAUCACCUAUUUUAAAAGCAACUUUAUUUGUUUGAUAUUAGAGAUUUUGCAAUAACAAUGCCACAAUAAGAUUCAAGUUCACCCUUUGCUGAGCAGGUUAUAAACCUUUUAGUUAAUAUAAAGUGGCUCUAUCAGCUUCUUAGGGUCUCUGGAUGUUUUUCGAUGGUGACAUUGCUUGGUGUGUGGUGGCCCAGGGGCGCAGUAAAGGUGAGUUAUUCUUACCUGAUGCUGUCCCUUGCAAGUGCUGCAAUUUUCAGAUCCUGGUGCUUCAUCUACCAGGAGUUCACACCAGUGCUGUGCUCUUGCACAUGUAUGAGAGUACAGCACUAAUAUCUAUGGUAGAUCCAGUGAGACCGCAGGAGCCUCCAUAGAUAUUAUCCCACAUUGAGCAAGAUAAUGACUUAUUCCCAUAGCCAUUGCCAGCAAUGGCUGCGGGAAGUGUCAAAACCUGACUGCAAUAAUUUGUCAUGUUUUGUCAACUUAAGGAUUUACCAUAAGACGAAGUAGUCCUACAACGUGUCACUAUUUGACUUUCUUCCAUCUCUGAUUGGAUGUCCUCCCGCUUUCUGAAACUCAAUCUCUCUAAAACAGAGUUUCUUAUUUUUCCUCCUGAUAAUACUGAUACUCCUCUUUCGCUCUCCCUGCAAGUUGAUGGUACCCGGCCUGUCCAUGCAAGCUCUCGCUGUCUUGGUGUUCUCUGAUCGUGGACUUACAUUGCACCUCACAUCCAGUCUAUUGCUAAAUCCUGCCAAUUCCAUCUUAAAAACAUUGCCCAUAUCCAUCCCUUCUUCCCCCUUCUUUUUUGUUUUAUUAAAAAUGAGUUGCUGCUAAGGAGCUUGUAUAUAGUCUAGUAAUUUCUCACAUUGAUUACUUUAAUUCUCUCCUAAUUAGUCUCCCCAGAAGCCGUACUGCCUCGCUACAGUUUGUAAGGAAUGCUGAUGCAAGGCUGAUUUUUUUUUUUUUUUGAUUUUUUUUUUUUUUUCCUCUUGUCGCUCCUCUCACAUUUUGCCCUCUGUCUAUCCUUACACUGGCUUCCUGAACAGUAUAGGGGUCAAUUCAAAAUAUCAACCCUUACCUAUAAAGUAUUUCACAAAUCUAGCCCGUGCUACAUCUUUUAACGAAUUCAUAGAUACUUCCCUUCUUGGUCUCUCCUUUCCACUGCUUGCACCCUUAGUCCUAACUCGCACUUGCAGGACUUUUCGUGGGUGUCUCUUUUCCUUUGGACUCUCCCCUAGUAGUCUUCAAUCAUCCAAGAAGUCCCUCAAAACUCAUCCCUUUUAGAAAUUCUUUUGGCCACCCAGAGUAACUUCUAUUCCACAAACCCAUCUCUUGCUCUCUCCGAAAGGGUCACACUUCACUCUCACCUCCAGUUCUGAUAUUUUUCCACCUUGUUGAUUGGCUGCUGUCCCCCCACUCUGCCCUUCCUACUGUGUUUGUUAUUAUCCACCUCCUCUAGACUGUAAGCUUGCGUUAGUAGGGUUUUCAUCAACCUAUUGUUCAGGUAACAUUUUGUAAUUGUCUUAUUUAUUCUUACAUUUCCUACUUUAUAAAAUCGUAAUGUGCUGCAGAAUAGGUUGGCGCUAUGUAAUGCCAAUAAGAAUAUGUAGUUCAUCUGUAGGUUGAUUUCUGCAACUUUUUUGGGGGGCGGGGUCAAUCUGUUUUUUUAUUGAGGUAAUGUUGCAAAGAAACAAAUUCUGUAAUUAUAUACAAUAAAGAAUAAUCUACGGCAUAUAACUAAACAGUUGUCAGUCAUCAGAUAUUCUUCAUACCUCAUUUAUUUGAAUUUUUGUUAGAAGUGUGAUAAGAUCAUCCAAGGCAAUGCUGGAUGCACCAAAUACCACACAGUGUGUAACCCGUAAAUUACCUAAUAUCAAAAAAGUAGCAUCAACAUUAUCUGAUAAGCGACCCUCUCCUCAGCGAUUUAACUAUGUUGAGGAAUUACUUAUAAAACACUUGUUGGGCUGGCAGGCAUUCCAGACUAAUAAAAUAAAUGAAAUAGAGGAACAAAAACCCCCCAAACUUUAGGUUACAUUAUUCUGAUAAUGAAAUGCAUGAACCGAACCAUGAACAUAUACCAUGAGCCUGCAGAUGCUGCGUUUAAGUAGAUAUACGCCACCUUAACCUACGGAGACGCUGGGUGAGGGGAAAUUAGUCACAAAUGAGAGCCUGAAGCUCCUUCACAGUUGAUACAGCACCCACUAUAGUGAGGUAACCUACAAAAAACUUUCAGGGUCCCAAGCAUGCGAGGUAGAAGGGGCAGCUGGAGUCAUGGACUGCAGUGGUAUCUCCAGUGUGUGAUAGAAUGAAGCAGACUCAUACAGUGAGGUAUGUCUCUGUGUGGUACUGCCUUGGACAACUUUAGUGGAUCGUAGUGACAGUCGGGACUCCACACCAGCAUUCUGUAAUUGGCUUGUUACAGCACUAAGGGACCUGUGAAACUGCAAGGUGUUUCGGGUUAAGUCCUGAAAGAACAUGAGCUGAGAGGUCUCGAAAUCAAACAGGGUCUUGCCCCUCAUUGCUGCCAGGAUGUAGUUUUUGUCUGUUAAAGAGUAACUGAUAAUUACACCCCAGGAGGCCAAAGAUGGGGCUUGUCUAGGUUUGUUGAAUCAAAAAAGCCAUCCAGUACAGUCUUUUUGGCUUGAGUGUGUGGUAGGCUUGAAGAUAAUGUGGCCGAGGCAAUUAAUCUGAGAUGACUCUGAUUUUAAUAUUGGCGCUAAUAUUCGUUAGGAUUGCACAUUGAGUGAACUGUACUUGUUGCAGGGACUUUCACAAACCCAUCACCUCCUGCUGUAUGUGUAUGAUAUGAUAUGCUCUUCAGAGGCCUCUGUUUGUGUGGUCACUGCUUGUUCUUCUGUACAAAUUACACUGAGGUCUGCGGCAGGGCUCAAUUCUUGCAAUUAGCUUCAAAUGUCCUGCCUGGUAGCCGGUAUGAGUGCAUCCUGCUCUGCUUCCAAUGCGAUGGUUGACACUUGAGCAGGGGACUUCAGUGGUUCGUCCUGUUUCACAUCUGAGCCGUUGGGGCCUGCGUCUUGGUCUGAUAGUACUGUCAUUGCCGCGUGUCCUUACUCGCACCGGCUUGUGAAUUCAGAGUUCACUGUAUCUUAAUGUCGGUGGAGUGCGCUGAAUUCUCUUGUGCUGUUGGGUAAAUGCGCGGGUUCUUAGGAUUCCGUGCUGAAACCAGUGUGGCUGCCUCAAAGGUUCCAAAAUUGAGGUAGGCCCUAGAUCCUCAACUAGCUUUCUUGCUCAUCUGUGUAAACUAAAACGGCAUCAGCUGGUGGCUUACUUUUUAGAAGGGUGAUGAGAAGUGGCCACUCUUUCAUAACACCAUGGGUCCACCGAGUAAGAGAGAUUAGCCGCCAAGUCACGGGAGCUCUAAAGGAUGGCAUCCAUUCAGUUCAGAGGUUCAGAUUUCUACAACUGUUUAAUGUAUCUUUUGUGUGUUUUUAUAAAUUCUGAAUUUGCUCAGUAAAAGCAAAUAUUGCAUAGAUAUCGACACAUGUACCAAUAGUUGUUUUAUAACUUUGACUCUCGUAAGCCUUUGGCAACCGUAACAAUAACAGGUGCAUUGUAGAUGUUUAGAGGAGUUGUAUCUGCUAAAAGCUGCCUGUCUUUUAUUUUACUUUUCCAGGUGUUCACAUGGCCAUUUCCUCUAGUCUGCACACUUUAAGCAUUUUAUUUAACUUUAUUCCAGAUUUUCUCCCAGGAAUACAUCAACCUGCUUCUAUCCAUGUAUUUCUUCGUUUUGGGAGUUCUGGCAUUGGCUCACACCAUUAGGUAACCCUACAGAUUGAUUUCCUCUCCCAUCCCACCCUGUAUUUUCUGUCUACCAUCACCCUUCCUUUGCAUUUUUCACCCAUAAAAUUGUCUCCAAUUCGUCUGCCCAAUUUUUUUAUUCAUCCUUUUAGAAUGCACCAUUUCUCUAUUCCACAAUUACUUAAAGUCGCUCUCUUCCAAAAUCUCACCAUGUUUAUCUCUAUUUAUAUGUUUCUCAGUCCAGCCAUGAACAGAAUAUUACCAGCAACUAUACCUAACAAACAGUACCAGCUUCUCUUCACCCAGGGCUCAGGGGAGAGCAAGGAAGGUGAGAAGCCACAUUUUGUGUAAUUGGACCACACUGCCUUCGGACUGUUAGACAGGGCAGUCUUACCUGUGCUCCCUGUAGAUCAAACUGGUUCUGUAGCCGUUACUGACCUGUCCUGUUUUUCUGUUGUACAGCACCGCAGAAUAUGUUUGUGUUAGCCAUCUAUUAAAGUAAAUUCCACCUAACUUGUGUCUUGGCGAGGCAAAAAAAGCGUAGGCAUCAUUCUGGCUUUAAAAGCUGUUUGUAAUAAUACAGGACGUAUUGUUUGAUAUAUUGAGAUGAGUGCAAUAAAUUAUGAUUUGUAAAGACGUCAAUGCACCCAUAUUAGAAACUGCCAUAUUUGUUGUACAUACAUGCUUUGAGAGUGAGGAAAGGCUAAAUGUUCAUUAUAAAUAUUUCUUAUAAUAUAGUAGUACAGAUCUCUAAGUUGUACAUUAGGGGUGAUAAAUGUGUACUUAAUUUGUAUGGUGAGGUGUGAGAACACACCUGUGCAGGUAAGUAACUGAAUAUUAAAUACAUAUUCUUAUUUAAAAAUUAAAGGUAAUAUAAGGAUAGUGCACCGACUGAAGUUAAAAAUUAACUCGUGUUCAUAAGCAGGUACACAACAACUAUCUGUUAAUCUCAGGGAGCACUUUAUUCUAGCCGAAUGCAUUAUGUCAAGGUUAGCGAAUACACACUAGCUGAAUACUUGCAGUGUAUUUGGUCAGUAAGCUUAUAAAAUAUGCAAAUGUGAUUUGCCAAUGUAGUGGAAACGCUAUAAAAUAAAUUGUUCUGAAAAUAAAAACUGUCUGCUUUGUGAGCGGUUUAUGUAUGUCUGUAAUUUUAAACCAUAAGAGGAGGAAUAGAAUGAUUGCCUGUUAGAGUGCGCACAUUGUUUCUUUCUCCAGUAAAAGUAUUUGUUAUAAUGCGUUUUUUAAACUUCUCCAUGUUUGAUCAAUGUGUUGUGUAAUUUUAUUUUUCUAAUGUGGCCAAUUUGCACGUUAUAGUUGUAUAGUGAAUAUUUUGCCUUAUGAUUGGUGUCCCACACCACCACCACCACCACCACCACCACCAAAUGCCUAUUAAUAUGGUACAGCUCCACAAUACAAAUUGGUCCAUGGUUAGUGGCACCCUUCUACUGGAGGGGGUAGUAUGUACAUUUACUUACCUUUGCUACACAUCUCACUGCAAUAAAUGUAUCACCAGCAUUUACUUGGGUAAGUAAAAAUUGAACGGUCACUUAAUAUGAAGGUUACAGUUCCUGUCUAAGCCAUCUUCCCCAUUCUAAUCAAUAUCUGUAACUUGGCUGUUGAUCCUAGACUAACCUCAAGUUAAAGUACAGGGACAGCCAUUUUACUGACUGAUUGUGAUGCACAGAAAGGAGUUGGUGAAUUUAAACAUGGCGAUCUGAUCAACCCCUCUGAUUUCUGAUGGCUGGAGGCGAUUUGAGUUAAAGACUCAGAAAAUGGAUUUGUUGAAUCAGGCUAGCUAGAGCAGCCAAUAUAUUUAGAAACUACAUUACCCAUACUGCUCUGCAAACUUAAAGUUUAAGUGUUUAAACCUUUUUGGGGAUUUAUCUAUACAAGUCACAAUUAAAGAAAUACAUUUGCAAAAGGUUUAUCUACGAAACCAUUCCAAACCACAUUGAAUCAUUUGGAAAGCUUAUCAAAUCAAGACCUUAGUCCUUACUACAUAAAUGUUUUCAGUACAUACUCCAUGACACUUGAAUUCAGGCUGGCAAGGCAUCAUGGGAGAUGUAGUAAUAGCUGGUGCUGCGAAUAUAGCGACUGAUAGAAAGGUUGUCAGAUCCCAUUGUACAGCGCUUCAGAAUUUGCUGGCACUAUAUAAAUCAUAAAAUAAUUACUGCAUUUUCCUGGAGUGUGUGCCCUGUCUUACUGGUUUGUCUCUCGGUUUGUAGACAUUUUGAAUUACGAGUUCGAUACUCGGGAUCUUGUCUGCCUGGUGUUGAGUUCAGUCGUUGGAGUCUGGUACAUCCUGAAGAAGGUGAGGCCUGGAUUAUAUAUUAAAAGGAUUUAUUGCCUUGCAGAAUCACAUGAAUACAGCCAGGUUUAGCUCUGAAUAAGGUAGUCUGGACCGGAAUGUGGUUGAAGAAAGUGAAGUUGUCCCUGCCUUUACAUUCCUUACAAUUUGUUGAUUUUCUAAUGCAACUUAUCUUGCCCAGUCUCGACCCUUUUACCCACUGACAUCACUUGCAUCUCCUCCACAUUCAGCACACAUUGUACUGCGCUCUGAGUAGGACAGCGACUUGCACUGCAUACACUGCUUCUUCAUAUGACAUGCUAUGUAUACAGCUGUUUAAAUCCCCAUAGAAAUCAAUGCAGUGUGAGCUGCAUACAGCCCUGUAAAUGCAUUUUAAUCACUGCAGCUGAGCGAUUGCGCUCAGCCGUGGUGAUUCUAGGGCUAAAGAGAGUACAUCUGGGUCUGAACAAGCCCUGGCAGUCUCUCUGCAUGUCCUGAAGCUGUUUGUGAUCGGUGCUUGGCUUUGUCAGCUGUCCAGCGCUGAUCAAUGUGUAAUUGGCUGGCAAGGAUUGCUUGAUUUUAAUAUUACAGGGAAAUCUUCCUGUAAUACUGAAAACGGCCAGUAGAUAGCGGCAACGUACCGUUCUUGAAUGUUUUUACCAGGAAACCAAUUGCUGAUAUCAGUACUGAUAUUAGCAGAGGGUUUCCUUAGUGUUAGGGUAAGGUAAGUGUUAAUUCUGGAUUUUGGUUUAUCCUGGGUUAGGGAUAGUGUAGGGUAAGUUUAGUAUAGGUGCAUAGUAAGUGUAAGUCUAGGAAAGGGCUGGUAUGAACUACCAAAAAUGGAAUCACGAAAGUGGUCAUGGUGGUGUGAGUAACCCUUCAAUUCUUUAUUUUUUUGUGUUAUUUACCUACUCUUGAAGGACACUUAAAGGGACACUCCACCGCCCAAAUACAAAAUAAAAAUCACUGUUUAGUAGAUAUACCCCAAAUGAAACCCUACAUGCAUUUAAUUGUAUUUUUUUCAUCGAGGUUAUAUCUAAAAACAGCUUGCAAACACUGCAGAUCUCUUGGAUGCUGCCUUUGCAAGCCCUCCCCUUCUAACCCCGCCCAGACUUUCUGUGGCUGUCCAAUCACAAACUUCCCGGUGCAGUUCAAUGAGAAGUCUUUGCAAGGCAGUUGCUCUGGGCAAUUGCUGCCUCUUGAUUUGCAUGUAAAUAAGCAAAGGUCUGGAAUGUCCCUUUAAGGUAUGUUUACUUAAAUUAUUUAUUAGUUAUUUUAUAUAAUAGCAGUUACUUUAGAUAUUUGGAAUCGUGCCAGUUGUUGAUUAAAGUGACAGAAACAGCUAAAUAAAUUAAUGGAUUUAAUGAGAUUGAUAUUUGCUAAUUUAACUCAACACUGCCAUCAUGUGUUGGAAAAGUAGUUUGUGGUUUGUUACAGUCUAAGAAACUUGUUUUCAUUUUUAUAAUUCCUGAAGACAGACAGCAUCACACACACCAUGUGAGCUACCUGUGGGAUUUCAUUAAGUUAAUGCAAGAAUGCGACUACAGCUCUGUUUAAUUUGCAGAAGUAGGAUUUCCUUUUUAACUGGAGCUUUAACUGUGAAACAAAAUCAGAUGUGGGGAUUAGAGGCACUUGCAGUGCAGUUAAACAUGUGUAUCCCCCAAAAUGCAGACUAAACUUUUGGUAAUAAUUUCUAACUAUAUAUUUGAUACAAAUAUAGCAAGAAUAAUGCAUAGAAUUAGUGAAUGUCUUUACAUGAAGCAGACUUUAUCCACCUUAAUAUGAAACGUGGUGACAAGUGACUAUUAUUUUUAUGUCUCCUGACUUUGUGUGAUAUCAUGCCCAGUUUAUUACCUUCUGCCUCUACCGCACAACCUGUUCUUCACUGCUAGUAUGUUCUUGUUUAGUUUCACUUUGUCUCCCCAGCAUUGGAUUGCCAAUAACUUAUUUGGUUUGGCUUUUGCGCUUAACGGCGUGGAACUUCUGCAUCUGAACAACGUCAGUACCGGCUGCAUCCUGUUGGGGGGGCUGUUCAUCUACGACAUCUUUUGGGUAAGUAAAGUAGUUAUUACAGAAUGCUGUGACAUGUUUUGGUGUCGAUGGACAGAUGGGCGAUAGGUGAAAGAAAUUAAUCCGUCGUCGUCCCCCGCCCUCUCUAUCUUUUGAUGUAGGUUUUUGGGACCAAUGUCAUGGUUACUGUGGCUAAAUCUUUCGAGGCACCAAUAAAAUGUAAGUUUCUGCUUAGAAAUCUUUAAAUUAUCCCAAUUUCCUUCUCACUCUUCCCAUGUCAUAAUCGUCUGCUCAUGUCUCACACCCAUUCUUUUUCUUUUUUUUUUCUCUCGCUUAAUUUCCAAAUUUCUCCCUACAGUUUUCCUAUAUGCCCUUCCUCCUAUGAUCAAUUCUGCCUUGUGCUUCUUCUGGGUCAGUGGUAACAACCUGGUGCCUCUCCACCUGUUGUAAAGAUACUACUCCCACAAUGCUUUGCUUAGUCGUUAUGCUCUGCAAUAGCUGAAAAAGUCCCAUUUAGACGCCCAUUCCCAUGUUCUAUUUCAUUAACCAGUGUUUUUCAUUAUUUCCCUUUCUGACAGUGGUGUUCCCCCAAGACCUCCUUGAGAGGGGCCUGCAAGCAAAUAACUUCGCCAUGCUGGGACUUGGCGACAUCGUCAUUCCAGGUCAGUCUUAUGUCAAACUAUGAAACCAUCUAUUAUCGCUUCUUCACGCGUCUCCUGGCCUCAUGCAUCUGGGGAUUUACUUAUAAAAUCAAAGGCAUGUAAAGAUUAUAAAUUGGGACAUUUUCUCAGAAGCCAAUUUUGUGGCUAAUGUGCAAAAUGCCAAGCUAUAAAGAGGGGAGCUGGAAUUAUUUUUAUAAAUCAUUGAUAUACACGCGUUUAGCCACAGCCAGGCUUGGCAGGUCUCUUCCCUAGUUACAAACAUCUUGUUUAUCUCCUGCUUGGGGCAAUGAUCUAUCCCAAGUUGUCUUGAAAACACUCCCCUCUAUGGGCUCAACCAUCACUGCUGGGAGGCUGUUGGUAAUACAGGUUUGUAUUCCUAAUGUUAUAGUGUUCCUUUAAUAAAUAGCAAUUAAUUACAUAACAUGCUGCAGGGCUAACGAGUGCCUCUUGCAUCAUAUAGGAAUAUUACAUGACCUGCAUUCUAUAUAAUAUUAUUACAGCGGCACUUCCUCCCCUCCUUUGUUCUGCAGAGAAACCAGUAUCCCAACUUCUCCUAUUUGCUCUCUUCCUCUCCAGGUAUUUUCAUUGCCCUGCUGCUUCGUUUUGACAUCAGGUGAGUGUGGUGGCGUGAGGGAUUUUGGGUAUAAAAUGUACCAGGCAAUGUCUUUACUCAACAGGGAAGAAUUGAUAAGAGAUUAGAAAUAGCCUUAUUAGACAAACUUAAAAUGGACGGAUUCAUAUUCCCAGCUCGGUUAUUUCUGGUAGCAGUUUGGCUGUAUUCUCCAUUUUAGUAAACUAGCUUGUGAGCUCUUCACUAAACUCCAAAUUGUAGCAAACUGAUAUCUGAAUUGCAAAAUUAAGGCUAAAAUCAGUGAUUCCAAGAAAUUCUCCAAGUAAUGGCGUGGAUGUCUUACCCCUAAUUUUGCAGUUCCGAUUUCUGUUCUCCACAAUUUAAAAUUUUAGAUGUUAUUGGAGAAUGGUCCCUUUAUCAUGCAUUCACCUGAUUGGGCUUCGUAUGGGACGACAGCCUCUGAAACCAACUGAAACGUGACAAAUGCGUCUAUAUAGAACCUCAAGCUAAACCUAAAGAACAUAAACUGGUGUUUGUGUGAGUUUUAAAGGGAACUGUCCCAUCCCAAAGUUUUUAAUAUACUGUUUACUUAUUCCUACCACAUAUAUUUUUUUUACGUGUUUAAUAACAUUUUGAAAGUAAAAAUUCACACCCUGUUAUCAUGCAGCUGGGCACCUCCAUCUUAGUUCCCUGUUUAAUCUUUCUCCUCCUCAUUUGCAAUGUUUGCCCUGGCUUUGCCUUGUCUAAUAUGGAUUAGUAUGUCCUUGCUAAAUGUGUAAUAUAAAAUAAACAAAUAAGAGGAUCACAUGACAAAAAGUUUAAUACAAGUUAUAGGUGAUUUUAUUCAAUGGCAUAUUUUCUAAUGGUCCAUUAGAGGCUUGCCAGGCAAGCAGGGAUGUAAGGAAGUGAGCCCCGUCAGGAAUGUGUCUUAAAGUGACAAAGUAGGCACCCAGUCCACUUCAGCUAAUUGAAGUGGUCCGGGUGCUGUGCUCCCUUUGCACUUAGUGCUGCAAUGUAAAACGUUCCAGAGAACUGUCUAACAGAUGGCCACUAGAGGGCUUCCAGAUUCUAAACUGACUUUUGGUCCGUUAUCUGACGCUGGACGUCACUGCCGCGCAUGUGCAAUAGGUCUCCCCCCGCCGGCAGGGUAGUAUCAUGGGCGGAGCCUGACCAGGUAAGUGGCUGUAGGGGUUUUAAUCCCUUCAGCCCUGCGGGAGGGGGUCUCCGAGCGAGAGGGGCACUCCAUGAGCCUAUAGUGCCAGGAAAACGGGCUUGUUUUCCUGGCACUAUAGGAUCCCUUUAACUGUUAGAUGGGAAGGGAAGUCAAUGACGGCCAUGUGAGUGGUGUGAUGGGUUUUGUUUUGCAUAUUAUGUUUUAAUAUGAAACAUAAGUGAGAAAGUUUUAUUUAUUGAGACCUGACAAGGAUUGAUUGCAGUGUAUUUAUAUUUUUCAGCUUGAAGAAGAAUUCACAUACUUAUUUCUACACCAGCUUUGUGGCGUAUGUGUUUGGUCUGGCGCUGACCAUUUUUGUCAUGCACACCUUCAAACACGCACAGGUGAGCAUUGCAUGGCAACUUUCCAACUAUUAGCACACAGUGUCUUCACAUUUUUUUUAUAUACGUCAGUGCCUGUGCUAGCCAGAGACUUGAUUCAUUUCUCUCCAUGUAACAUAGAAAAUUGCUGUUACCUAUUUAUGUGAUCUCUUUGCUUGAUCCCACAGCCGGCUCUCCUGUACUUGGUCCCCGCCUGUAUUGGAUUCCCCCUGAUCGUUGCCUUGCUGAAAGGAGAACUGACUGAGAUGUUUAGGUAAGCAGGUUACACGGGGUUUCAUUGGGAGGCUUGGAGUAGAAUAGAAGAGGUCAAUCACUGCAACUUGCUGUCUUCAAACUUUCCUGUCUCCCAUUUUUGCUGUUCUCUGUACUGAGCCUCUUUCACCCCCUGUGUUCUCUUAUCUCUUUUCCCCCCAUUGGUUUUGUCACCAUACCCCACUUGUCCCGUCUCUUCUUCUCUCAUUCUUCCUCUUCACUCCUGUUGUUCCCCCACCCACGUCUUUCACAGCUAUGAGUCCACUGCGGAGCUCCUACCUCAUACUCCUCGCCUCUCUCACUUUCCGGCGGUCUCUGGAUCUCCUGCUAGUCUGGCCGAAUCCAUGCAGCAGAAAACCUGCUCCCCCCGCCGCAGGCGGCAUCUGAACCCCAGCUCCAUGUGAAGGGCCUUUCUCCUAUCUGCCUUCAGACAGGUGCUUCGUAGCUAGAUGACACUGCUUUUAUCUCCAUGCCUACUGACUUAUUAGGACACAUAAAGAUAAUAGCCCAGGACACUCCUAAACCUCCCCAACUUUAACUGACCACAAACUAAUGUAAUAUCUGCAUUUACGUAAAGUAAUUGUCUCUCUUUCUUGGUAUUUUGCCAUAUUUCCCUCCCAAUUCCUUUCCUUCAUUUUUCUAUUUGCACCAUUUCCUUGUGAUUUCCAUAACGCUAACCCUCUCAUUCCGACUUACACUUCACAACCUGUGCCAUAGCACCUACAGAUAACUCAAGUACUGCUACUGGUUUUUGGUUUAGAUAUAAGAAAAAAGCGAAGACUAAGGUGGUGCGUAUAUGAACUAGGUAGAAAACUGCUGGUUAUGGUUAAUGAGGAUUAGAAAUGGCUGGAUUUUAACUAGGAUUGCCACAUGACCUGGGUUUGCAAGGUUUUUGUAUUCUGUUGCACAUGACCUAAUUACAGUAGACAGAUUACAGAAAUCACAAGUCUCUAGUGAUCUGGCAAAACUAGUCUUACUCGAAUAUCAGAUUAACCCCUUAAGGACACAUGACAUGAUUCCCUUUUAUUCCAGAAGUUUGGUCCUUAAGGGGUUAAAGCCACUGUAGUGGAAUUCCUCCUAUUUUAAAGGAAUAUAAUUCAAAAGAAGAAAUACUAGCACAGCGUCUACAUGAGCCAUUAGUCAUUAUAGAAGCACAGCGACCACAUGAGCCAUUAGUCAUUAUAGAAGCACAGCGACCACAUGAACCAUUAGUCAUUAUAGAAGCACAGCGACCACAUGAGCCAUUAGUCAUUAUAGAAGCACAGCGACCACAUGAGCCAUUAGUCAUUAUAGAAGCACAGCGUCCACAUGAGCCAUUAGUCAUUAUAGAAGCACAGCGACCACAUGAGCCAUUAGUCAUUAUAGAAGCACAGCGUCCACAUGAGCCAUUAGUCAUUAUAGAAGCACAGCGACCACAUGAGCCAUUAGUCAUUAUAGAAGCACAGCGACCACAUUAGUCAUUAUAGAAGCACAGCGUCCACAUGAGCCAUUAGUCAUUAUAGAAGCACAGCGACCACAUGAGCCAUUAGUCAUUAUAGAAGCACAGCGUCCACAUGAGCCAUUAGUCAUUAUAGAAGCACAGCGUCCACAUGAGCCAUUAGUCAUUAUAGAAGCACAGCGUCCACAUGAGCCAUUAGUCAUUAUAGAAGCACAGCGUCCACAUGAGCCAUUAGUCAUUAUAGAAGCACAGCGUCCACAUGAGCCAUUAGUCAUUAUAGAAGCACAGCGACCACAUGAGCCAUUAGUCAUUAUAGAAGCACAGCGUCCACAUGAGCCAUUAGUCAUUAUAGAAGCACAGCGUCCACAUGAGCCAUUAGUCAUUAUAGAAGCACAGCGACCACAUGAGCCAUUAGUCAUUAUAGAAGCACAGCGACCACAUGAGCCAUUAGUCAUUAUAGAAGCACAGCGUCCACAUGAGCCAUUAGUCAUUAUAGAAGCACAGCGACCACAUGAGCCAUUAGUCAUUAUAGAAGCACAGCGUCCACAUGAGCCAUUGGUCAUUAUAGAAGCACAGCGUCCACAUGAGCCAUUGGUCAUUAUAGAAGCACAGCGUCCACAUGAGCCAUUAGUCAUUAUAGAAGCACAGCGUCCACAUGAGCCAUUAGUCAUUAUAGAAGCACAGCGUCCACAUGAGCCAUUAGUCAUUAUAGAAGCACAGCGUCCACAUGAGCCAUUAGUCAUUAUAGAAGCACAGCGUCCACACAUGAGCCAUUAGUCAUUAUAGAAGCACAGCGUCCACAUGAGCCAUUAGUCAUUAUAGAAGCACAGCACCACAUGAGCCAUUAGUCAUUAUAGAAGCACAGCGACCACACAUGAGCCAUUAGUCAUUAUAGAAGCACAGCGUCCACAUGAGCCAUUUAGUCAUUAUAGAAGCACAGCGACCACGAGGCCAUUAGUCAUUAUAGAAGCACAGCGACCACAUGAGCCAUUAGUCAUUAUAGAAGCACAGUACAUGAGCCAUUGGUCAUUAUAGAAGCACAGCGACCACAUGAGCCAUUAGUCAUUAUAGAAGCACAGCGUCCACAUGAGCCAUUAGUCAUUAUAGAAGCACAGCGACCACAUGAGCCAUUAGUCAUUAUAGAAGCACAGCGUCCACAUGAGCCAUUGGUCAUUAUAGAAGCACAGCGUCCACAUGAGCCAUUGGUCAUUAUAGAAGCACAGCGUCCACAUGAGCCAUUAGUCAUUAUAGAAGCACAGCGUCCACAUGAGCCAUUAGUCAUUAUAGAAGCACAGCGACCACAUGAGCCAUUAGUCAUUAUAGAAGCACAGCGUCCACAUGAGCCAUUAGUCAUUAUAGAAGCACAGCGUCCACAUGAGCCAUUAGUCAUUAUAGAAGCACAGCGUCCACAUGAGCCAUUAGUCAUUAUAGAAGCACAGCGUCCACAUGAGCCAUUAGUCAUUAUAGAAGCACAGCGUCCACAUGAGCCAUUAGUCAUUAUAGAAGCACAGCGUCCACAUGAGCCAUUAGUCAUUAUAGAAGCACAGCGACCACAUGAGCCAUUAGUCAUUAUAGAAGCACAGCGUCCACAUGAGCCAUUAGUCAUUAUAGAAGCACAGCGUCCACAUGAGCCAUUAGUCAUUAUAGAAGCACAGCGACCACAUGAGCCAUUAGUCAUUAUAGAAGCACAGCGACCACAUGAGCCAUUAGUCAUUAUAGAAGCACACCGUGUUAAUUAUUCAGCCUGGGGCGUUGAUGGGAGGCGAGAUGGGUUUGAAGAAUAAGGAAGUUUGAGGUUUUAGUAUUGGAUGGACCCUUUGUCACUUGCCUCCUCCUUUCUUCCAGAUAUGAAGAGCAGCCAAAGGAAGUGCCCACAGACAACAAGGAUGAGACGGAUAAGAAAGAGGAUUGAGCCCCCAUGCUACCCUGUUGUGUCAUUAAGGGGGGAGGGCUGAAAUCUCUUAAGAGAGAAUGAGCCCCUUCCUCUUGCCAUCUCUGUGUGUAAAACAGCUUGCGCCCCCUUAAGUGUCCCCUCGCCUGUCUUGGGCCUCCCCGUGUACCCUAUGAGUGUCGCUGGGCCGGUAUUUUUAUAUUUUGUAUGGUGGAUUUGCUUUAUGGUAUUAAAUAGUCAGUGACUAUGUGUCCGUGCGCCACCCUCGCCAAAAGCGUUGAGGAGGUGCCGACAGAUAUCGCUGUAUAUAUGAAGAGAUGUCUUGUCCUCCUCUGUGCAAACCCUUCCCCCUCCCAGGUCAAAGAUGACAAGGGGAAGAUGCCUAAUGUCCAUCUGAUUGGGCUCUGGAUUCUGAAAGUAUACAUUUUAAGGUUCUCUCCAUACACCUUGUGGGACUUACAGGCUGACUUUUAAUAUGUAAAUAUUUUCAAAUGCAGGAUUUCUCUCUACCAGUGCUGAUAGAAUAAUGUACAUUAUGGGAUGUUUACAUUGUACUUUUCUUAUUGCCCAGAAACUGUCGGUCUUCAGUCUUAUCCACUUAAUAUAGAUUAGUUAUUGUUGCCCUGUAUCUCCCAAACCUCUUCCUCCGUUCUGCGCUGUGUGGCCCCUUUUCUAUUACUCCUGGCAUUGGGACAUCUGCAGCGCUAAGUGGCCCUCCAGUGCCGACCACACCUCCCAGGUUUUCCAGCUGUGUUCUCCUAUCUACGACAGUUCCAGAUGUUGCAUAUUUCAGUAGCGAGAAUGCCCUUAUUUUUUUUUUGACACUUCCUUGUUCUGUUGUGUUCAGCCAGAACUUUUUUGGAUGGUUUGUGCUGGUUCCUUGUUGAUGCACCUCCUACAUAUUUUCUGUUCCUUAUUUAAUGCGUAUGAGUGUGGUUUAGACUGAAUGCUCUGAUGGUUUUUAUCACUAGCUGAAACAAUUCAUACCCUGUAGUUAAGUUUGCCGAUACGUUCUACUUUUGUAUCUUAAUUAAUGUCUGCUAUGGUACUAGUUAUAUUCCCUUCGAAAAUACUACGAAACAGACUCUUUGCCCUCCUGGCUGUCUAUACCAGCUUUCAUAUCAAGGUUGACGUAUUUAUUUUCCUUGUUUCUAUGUUAUUUCCAGAUCAGAAUACUUUUCAGGAACUACAUAUAGUGCAACAACCUAUGUGUGCAUUCCGUCAGUAUAGAAACUUUCAUUUAUGUUUUUUCAAUUCUCAAAAAAAGUCUUAGCAUUUUUCUGCGUUUUCUUUUAACCCUUCAGGAGUGGACUGUGUUCCAUGCACCAUAAAAAAAUAAUACUAUAAAAAUAAACAAUGCCAAAAACUUAAAAAGCCAACCAUGGGAGCUUUAUCAUCAGCUAACAUUUUCGAGAUCUAAUAUGUAAAUAGUUUUUUAGGGAAACAAGUGGCUAGAGUGCACAAUAUAUAAAUAAUAAUAAAUGAAUUGCUUUUAACCUGGAAUUUAAUAAGAUGGUCUAUUGUUUUGUUAUUUUAAUUGGAAUACAGAAGAAAAGAAUGGAUCCUAGAUCGCCAAUACGUUCUUGCAGUCCGUUUUGCUAGCCAAUCAAGAGACUCCCUCUGUUUAAAACAUGACCAGAUGAAAAUGAACUUUCUUUUAGCCUGUUAAACAGCCGAUACUCACUUGAACUGUUGAAAUGUAAUUGAAGUGCUCCCAGUGAUACAACAC